CGCGUUCGGCAACAAGAAAGCUGUUUUAUCUUUUCUAUCUCAUCGCCCAAUUCUUCUUCGAAAAGGUUAAAUGGCAAAAAAUUCCUUCAAGCAAGAGCAUGAUUUCGAGAAGAGACGUGCCGAGGCUGCCCGGAUUAGGGAGAAAUACUCAGAUAGGAUUCCGGUAAUCGUGGAGAAAGCAGAGAGAAGCGACAUUCCCACCAUUGAUAAGAAAAAGUAUCUCGUCCCGGCUGACUUGACAGUAGGACAAUUUGUCUAUGUAAUUCGGAAAAGGAUCAAAUUGAGUGCAGAGAAGGCAAUUUUCAUAUUUGUGGACAAUGUCCUGCCACCAACUGGGACAAUUAUGUCUGCGAUAUAUGAUGAAAAGAAGGAUCAAGAUGGGUUCCUAUAUGUCACCUACAGCGGAGAGAACACAUUCGGGGAGGGGAUUUUACAUUAGCAUAUGGUAACUUGGAGAUUACAUCGAAUUUCAAUUGCCUUGCUUGAAAUAUUGUCGUCAUUGUGCGCAUGUUAUGAGACUUACCAGAGUACAAUCAUGUAUAGAUAAUAAACAUGUAUUACGUAAGUCACCUGUGACACGUUGUAAUAAAUUUGCAUUUGAUCUUA